GUACACAGUGUUCCCUGUUUUGUUCCAACCUGAAGCAGCUGCGCGCUCCAACUCCCCAGCAAAGGAAAAGAUAGGGACACUUUGGGUGGCAAAACUCGGAUAUGCCGUGGGUGUUGAGAGUAUUACAUCUCUAAAAAACAAUUGUUUCUCCGACCAGGGGACUGUUGUCACCACUAUAUCUCCACAUCAAGACACCAUCUGAGCACCAUGGCGGUGGCUGCGUCUCAAAGAGGCAGUCUACGGGAGGACCUGACGUGUGCAAUAUGCUGUGAUUUGUUUCGAGAUCCUGUCAUGCUUCCUUGCGUGCAUCACUUCUGCAAGAACUGCAUCUCCAGGUACUGGAGAGGGGUGCAGGGUUGUGUGAGCUGCCCCCAGUGCCGCAAGGAGUUCAGCUCCAAACAGUUUCACACCAACUACUUGGUGACGGCCAUGGUGGAGAAGGUCAGAGCCAGCUCUCCGGACAGCUACACAAUGAAUAUAGAGAAACAACUGAAGGAGUCAUUGGAAAGCCAUCUCGUGAAGAAGGAAGAGUUCUUCAACAUAAUCCACAGGGACCAAGAGAAGAUGGACACCAUAAAGAGGGUGGGAGCCGAGCUUCAAGCCCGUGUCCAGGGCGAGUUCAGGGCCCUGCAGCAGUUCCUCCAGGAGGAGGAAGCCUGCGUGCUGGAGCAGAUGAGGCGGGAGCAGCGGGAGGUGACGGAUAAACUGCAGCGCCACCUGGAGGACAGCCGGGAGGCGGUGAAGGAGCUGGAGCAGAACAUCAGAGCGCUACAGCAGGCUUUCGCCGCCAGCGAGAACACCACGCCGACCGAGCUGCCACAGAUAAGGCUGUGUGUACAGGUGGACGCGGCGCCGGAGCUAGAUAUGAAUGCUUUUAGCGUCAAAUACACAGCGCCAUUACAGUACAUCACGUGGAGGAAGAUGUUCAAGUCUUUAAAACCAGGUCCGGCCCCGUUGACCUUUGACAUGGACACGGCCCACCCGAGCGUCUACGUCUCCAGGGACAAGACGGUGGCGGUGGAGUCCGGCAGCGGCCCGGUCCCGUACAAGCCCAGCCCCAAGCGCUUCCUGCAGUGCGUCAACGUGCUGGCCGCCGAGGGCUUCGGCUCGGGCCGCCACUACUGGGAGGUGGGCGUGGGCAGCAAGCUCAAGUGGGACCUGGGCGUGGCGUCGGAGGCGGUGGACCGGGGCGCCCGCGUCAAGCUCAGCCCCGAGAGCGGCUACUGGACCCUGAGGCUGCGCAACGGCGACGAGUACUCGGCGGGGACGCAGCCCUGGACACGGCUGCCGGCGCGCUCGCUGGCGCCGCCGCGGCGCGUCGGCGUGUUCCUGGACUGCGAGGAGCGGCGGGUGUCCUUCUACGACGCGGACAACAUGAGCCUCCUGCACUCGUUCGCCGACGGCCCCAGGGGCAAGGUGUACCCCUUCUUCAGCCCCUGCAUCGCCGACGACCGCCAGAGGCCGCAGCCCAUCCAGCUCAUCCAUCACCUCCCCGUCUCUCUGGUGAUCUGAGUGCGGUCCGGCUGGGGAAGCAGAGGCGUGACCAGACCGAGGCGUCCGUUAGCUCUCGUAACCAAGUGCCUUUGUAGCCAUGCGUAGCAGUAGCAGCGUUGCUACUGUUGUUGUUGUCAAUGGUGUACUUCUUGUUAGAGCCUAUGUUGUUGAUUCUGCCAUGUGAUGAGCCAACAGCUCGCAUAGCUUCUCAUCUCAUUGUUCAAUUAUCCGGACAUUUGAUUUAAUUGUUUCUUCAUUGGCAGACUUUGCUAUAUAUAUCCCUUUUGCAUCGGAAAGCGAACAAUGGAACAUUUUAGGAUGACUGGGAAACGAAUGAUGCUGUGCUUAACCUAAAUUGUAUGACAAUAAGCUGCGUUGUGUGGCCUGCCAAACUCUAAAAGCCAAUUAUAGUUAAAGUGCUUCAGCGCUUUACCAAACACUAGUAAUUACAUUCCACCGAUUUGUCAAUGUUCUUUUAAUAUAAUGGCUGCUAAUGACCAUUAUUCGGCCAAAUAGUGGACUCAAUGCAUGCGUGCAUUGAAUAAAAUCCCCAUAGAAAAACUUUGAAACCAUUGAAAUAUUAUUAGAAGCGUUUCGGACCUUUGCAACACUAUUUAGAUCACUAUAUAAUAUUUUUUAUUAUUAGUCGUCUCAUUCAAUGCUUGGUGGUUUAGCAAGUUAAAUGUCCUUUGUGUACUUUAUUCCUUUUUUUUGUUUGACUUGAAGAUUUGGUUAAGAAAAUUAUGAUUGCAAAGUAUUGACUUUUGCAGUACCUUGUGGGUAUAUUGGGUACCUUUUCCUUGCGCCAAUUUAAAUGCAAACUGCAAACUAUUCAACGUAUUAUUACAGAAAAUCAAUCAAACAUUA